AUGUCAAGUUCAGCGCCAUACACCAAUGGCUUGAAGCGAAAUAGCUCUAGGACAAAUGAUCCUCAUGAUAUCGAGGAUGCCGAACUUCAAGCCUCAGCAAAGCGUCAGAAAAGGGAUCUUGGAAAGCAGAUUCUGCUAAAUGCCUUUGACAUGAGCGGCACAAUAGGCCACCUUUCACCUGGACAGUGGAAAAACCCAAAAGAUAAAUCCACCACCAAGCUCAAACUCUCCUACUGGACGAAUCGGGCCCAACUUCUUGAACGUGGAAAUAUCAACGCACUCUUUCUCGCAGAUUCCACGGCGGGCCAUGCAGUUUAUGAAGGUUCCAUGGACGAGUGCAUCCGUCGCGGAGCUCAAUGGCCACUUCUGGAUCCCAGUAUUCCAAUUUCGGCAAUGGCUGCAGUGACCAAGAAUUUAGCUUUUGCUAUCACGACUUCGACGAGCUUUGAGACUCCAUUUGUUGUUGCGAAGCGUUUUUCGACUUUGGAUCAUCUGACAGAUGGGCGGAUCGGGUGGAACAUCGUGACUUCCUGGAAAGAUGCUGCGUACAAAGCGAUUGGCAUGUCAUCUCAAAUUGACCACGACAGACGGUAUGAGAUGGCCGAUGACUAUCUUAGAGCUUUGUAUAAGCUAUGGGAAGGGUCUUGGUCGGACGAUGCAGUGAAAUUCGAUGUUGACAAUGAUGUAUACGCAGAUCCAGAUAUGAUCAGAGAGAUUCAUCAUGAUGGUCCAUACUACAAGCUUGACACUCGACACAUUAUCCCGCCAAGUCCACAGCGCGUUUUUCUUUUCCAGGCCGGCACAUCAGCGAUUGUCAAUAAUGAAAGGUCUCUAUUCGGAGCCACCCACGCCGAAGCCAUCUUCGUAGCCAGCCACUCUCCAGAACUACUUCGUCCUAAGAUCGCCAAAAUCAGAGCUCAAGCCGCCGCUUUAGGCCGGGAUCCCCAAAGUCUCAAAUUCUUCGCAUCCAUCACCCCUUUCAUUGGCUCUACUCAAGCAAUAGCCGAGGAAAAGCUCGCAGAAGCACGAAAGUAUGCGUCUGUUAUCGGCGGUCUUGUCCUGUUCAGCAGCUGGACCGGCAUUGAUAUCUCGACUCUGCCACUCGAUGAAGAGAUCAACCCGUCAGGGCAUGAGCAAGGGAAUAAGAUCUCCUCGAUCCUUGACCGAAUGACUUCCACAAGCGAGAACGUCCCGAAAUGGACGCCGAGAGUCAUUGCUGAGAAAGCGGCCUUUGGAGGAUUGGGUCCUUGUCCGGUAGGGACGCCGGAUGUGGUGGCUGAUGAGAUGCAGCGGUGGAUUGAGGAGGGCGAUUUAGACGGCUUCAAUAUCGCGUACGUAAAUACGCCUGGGUCAUUCGGAGAUGUGGUGUAUCUGUUGAUUCCGGAGCUGCGGAGGAGAGGGCUAUAUCCUGAAGCACCAGGAGAAAGAGAUGAACCUUUGACGGCAAGGGAGAAAAUUUAUGGGAAAGGUCAGAAGCUGCUGCGGAGCGAUCAUGUGGGUACGAAGUAUCGAUAUGAUGUUUACAAGGAUGAAUAA